AUGGUAGCUUCGCACAAGGUUGCCGUCGUCAUCUACCCUCCGCCUGUCAACCCUGAACUCUACAAGCCCUUUGACGAAGAGUUCGAUCGUACAGUUGACCGGAUUCUGUCCGAGGAGGCGAGCAUCGAGGAGGCGAGAGAACAGGAGAAAAGUGAUGAGAACUUGGAUUUUGGGAUCGGUGCCGUGGAUGAUGAGUCCACUGGCCUGAGUACUCGUAGUUUGAGGAAUACCAAGAAGUCGCCGUAUUUCCCUCCGCCUGUCACCGAAACCACCUACUUCCCCACCGAAGAGAAACAUUCGAAACGGAAAUACUCGAAAGGGAAAGAUUCUAAAGGGAAGAGGUCUCCGGAAGUCCAGCGGUCAAUUACCGGGAUGGAUGUUGACAACCAUGUCCCAGAAGUCCUGCACCAGAGUAUGGGUGGAAAUCCUAUGAAUGGCACCGACGACCACAUUCCUUUGCCGGCAUUUACCCCAAAUGCUCCAGAUGGAGCUGUUGAGGCCGAAGCACCAGAAGAAGACAUCCUUUUCGCAUCGCUGGAGUCCCCUCAGCGGGAUGAUCUACUUCAUUUCAUCGCGUCCCACCCAUUCAUGCACCAACCGCAGCCUGCCCGCCGAUCUGCUCGUCGGCAAUUCACCGAUCAAAUACGCAAUGAGGCGAUGCAGCUUGGGAUGGACAAGGAGUCAGCCAACGGCCUGAUCCAGUAUGUACGACAGCUCUAUUUGGGCAUCCAUGGCAUCGAGUCUACUGCGGACUUCGAUAACGUGGAAGGCUCUACCUUUGGAGAUGAAGUCGACGACGAGAGCGAACGAUAUGCCUGCGGUUCACGCCGUAAGAACCGCAAGAGGAGUGUCGAUGACCAUGGUGAACACGCCAAGCCUAAGAAGAAGAGCAAGAGGCGUUCCUCAAGCGAUUCGAAGGCGCAGCCAUGGGCAGCCCCACAAAAUGGCCACGAAGCCGUAGUCGUUGAUCUCUCGGAUAUUUUCAAAUCCAAUUUGAAUGGAUAUUCCGACGUGGACGAACGAAUAGCAGUCGAUCCUGUUUCGCAAAAGGCUGCCAAUAUCGAGAAGACGCUUGAUGCCGAAAAGGGCACGGAUGCCGUUGACUCUCCACCCCAGUACGAAGAGUGGACUGGGUUUGAGGAAGAGCAGCAGCCAGUUGACACGGGCACCGACUUGCUGGUUGUUGAUAUAAGCAACGGGAAUGGUGUUUCGCAUGAUCCACCCCAGGACCAGACCCUGCCAUCUGCCUUGAAGGGGCCCAUUUCGGAGCCGCAAUCACAUGAGCAGGAGAGCGUCGAUCACGCCCGGGAACAAGCGAAAAAAGAGAAAAACAGGAAGAAACGAGCGCGUAACAAGGAUCGCAGAAAUCGAAGACACCGAGAGAGUCUUCAGUCAGCUCCAGGAUCGCCUCCCUCUCAUCCCGAACCUGAAGCCCAGCUUCAGCCGUCGACUCCAGUGUCGAAGAGUGCCAGUCCACGAAAGUCCUUUCUCUCCCCCGACCCAUCCCAGUGGGAUGUGGAUUUUUGA